AUGGCAACGGCGACAUAUCAACGCCGACCGCCGUCGGUACAAGACGCCCAAGCUGCCGCCAAUAAGCGAAUCUCACAAAUCUCGACUGCGUCGUCGAAAUUCAGUACCAAUUCUGAUGGGAGACGGAAGAUUAGUGUUGGUCCAUGGAUUCUGGGGAGGACGUUGGGUCGUGGUUCAUCAGGACGCGUGAGACUGGCGAAGAAUAUGCACACUGGCGCACUGGCAGCAGUAAAGAUCGUUCCGAAGACACUGACGCCAGCCGCCCCACCGACAAACUCUGGAUCAAAAGGACAGUCCGGCCGUCUCCCUCACGGUAUCGAACGUGAAGUCGUCAUCAUGAAGCUCAUCAAGCACCCUAACGUCAUGCGGCUGUACGAUGUCUGGGAAAACCGCGGUGAACUGUAUCUCGUCCUCGAGUAUAUCGAGGGUGGUGAGUUGUUCGAUUACCUUGUCAAGAAGGGCCGGCUUGAGGAGUCGGAGGCGGCGGAUUAUUUCCGGCAGUUGAUCGAUGGUGUUGGGUACUGUCACCGCUUUAACAUUUGCCAUAGAGAUUUAAAGCCGGAGAACUUGUUGUUGGACAAGAACAAGAAGAUCAAGAUUGCGGAUUUCGGCAUGGCUGCAUUGGAGCCGCAGGAUAAAUUGCUGGAGACGAGUUGUGGUUCUCCGCAUUAUGCAAGUCCGGAGAUUGUGGCGGGAAAGACAUAUCACGGAGCUCCAUCGGAUAUUUGGUCCUGUGGUAUCAUCUUGUUCGCGCUGCUAACGGGGCAUCUCCCGUUCGACCAUGAGAACAUUCGUGAACUGCUGUUGAAGGUUCGGGAAGGGCAGUUCGAGAUGCCGCCGCAGCUUUCCCCGGAGGCGAAGCACUUGAUUUGGAGGAUGUUGGAGGUUAACCCAGAGCGGAGAAUCACGAUCCCGGAGAUCUUGAAUCACCCGUUCUUACUGAAAUGGACGCUACGAGGCCCGUAA